AACAUUUGUAAGCACACAACCAAAUUAUAAGAAUUGAUCUCUUUGCUACAAGUACAGGAAAAUUCGACCUUUCAUACCCAACUCGCAGCCAUGAGUUUUCUCGCCGGAAGAUUGGCAGGCUCAGAGGGUUCCUACUUCCUGCAGGAAUCCAAACAGGCCGUGACCAAGAUUGUGCGCAGCCAGAGGAACAGUAACCCAAGCGGCGCUAAACCGCCGCUGGCCCCCGAAAACGGUGAAUUUUCACCGUCGGCGGCCGAUGUUCUCCCGGAGGUCCUGCGGCACUCUCUUCCGGCCAAGGUUUUCCACUCUCCGGCGGAGGAUUUGGGGCAUUACCCUCUCUCCAGAGCUGCGAAAUGGGUUUUGAGACCCGACCCGAAAGGCUCUCCCCGCGCGUCGGCUGAUGCGCUCAAUCCCCUCUCGGCUUAUGUUUCUCUGCCACAGGUCACGUUUGGAGCCAAAAGGUGGCAGCUGCCUGAUUUGGACAACUCGGUGAUAGCCUCAAAGGCGAAUGAUUUGAGGCAUGAAAAACACACCCAGAUCAACCCUGAGAAAUUGAAAGCUGCAGCUGAAGGCCUGACUCAAAUUGGUUCAGCAUUUGCUAUAGCUACAGCCCUUGUAUUUGGUGGUGCCACUUUGAUCUUUGGGCUCAUAGUCUCCAAACUCGAGCUACAUAAUACUGAUGAUAUACGAAUCAAAGGAAAAGACAUUGUUCGACCGAAGUUUGAAGUGUUCAGAGAACAAUUGGCACCCUUAAGAUCAUGGGCUGAGAACGUGUCGAAAAAAUGGCAUUUAGAAAGGGAAGAAUCCAUGAAAGAGAAGCCACUAAUAAAGGAGCUUUCCAGAACAUUAGGUGCCAAAACUUCUUCCACUUGAAAACAUAGUUAUAUAAUCCAUUUGUUAUGUAUGUGGGUAGAUGUAAUCAACACAACAGCUGUGUUGUACUUUAUAUACGUGAGUUUGUGACUAUCAUGUGAGAUUAUUAUGUUGUACAAAUAUUAGGAAGAAUGAGAUAUGUGAAUUGAUUUUUGAAUAAAGUGGGGUUGUUUGAAAUGUGACCAAGGUGUAUAAAAUUGCGUUUUGGGUCUGUUGACCACCGAGCCGGAAUGGUUGACUAUGGUUCCGAACCGGAACUUGCCAAAACACGAUUUGGUUUCAGUUCACCCAUUUUUUUUAAUCUUGUUCUGGUUCAAACUAUGUUGUCGGUUCAAAGUUUGAAAUUAAAAAUA